AUGUCUUCCGGCCUGCUGAGACGCCUAUUCCGGCAUCGAAAUAAUAUUGGCGCAAGGUCGAGUAGGCUCUUUUCAUCGCACACGAAUGCGAUCGUACAGCCCAAGCGCAACUACCUGCGCACCCUCGCACUCGUGUCGUUUGUUGGUAUAGGAUCCUAUACAGCUGGCGCUGUUGCACCUCAUCCAAUCUUUGCCUUCAUCGCACCCCGACCUGCACCCGGACCACCUUCCGAUCUAGAUUCUCCGGAAUCACUUGCAUAUGCUACCUCCAUGGAAGAAGCCCUUCAAUCCUUGCCGCUGCUUGACACCCUCCGUUCACAACCCGAUGCUGACGAGUGGUACGAAGCCCGUCCCUAUAGACAUUUUCCAGAAGAAAGGCGCGUCAAUAAUCUCACCGCUGGAGCUCUAAGAGGGCCUGGAAAGCUCUCAAUCAAACCCCUGGUGCGAUCAAAGCGGGACGAGAGUGAAGCAAUCGUAUUCGUGCAUGUUGGCCGAGGACUUUGCGGUCACGAUGGAAUCGUUCACUGGGGGAGCUUGGCACGGACCGCAAUAAACAAUCUACCCGAUAAAAUUGGUGUCACAGCGAACCUUUCAAUAAAUUACCGUGCCCCUACAUUUGCUGAUCAGUUUAUUAUCAUCAAAGUACGUCUGUUAGAGAAGAGAGGGCGCAAAGUCCAAGUAAGCGGUCAGGUCGAGGACCUUAGGGGUAACGUGCUAGUUGAGGCAAAUGGUACAUUUGUUCAGCCCAAGUACGCGAGCAUGCUGAGCAACUCUGUCGUGAAGCAAGCUAUGGGGGAACCGGAGAAUGGAAGGUCACCAGUUCUACUUUCCGAUGGUGUCCCACCUCCUGCUAGAAAGUCGUAG